UAAUAUCACAUUGCUUAUUCCUCUUCUUUUUUUUUUUUCCUUUUAAAUUUUUUUUUUUUUACUGUUGGUUAUAGAUUUAUUCUCAUGUCUGACCUAUCCUAUGUUAUAUAGGAAUCAUGAUUCUAUGAGUGCAGCGAAGCCCACAUGCACUUCCACAUGUGGCGCAUGUGUGAAACCUGGCAGCACAUGUGUGAACAUCUGGACUAUUAAAUCAGGUGGCCUCUGCCAUGUCAUCUGCAUUCAUCUCAUGCACGACCCAGAUGUGCUCUGCUUAUGUGCCACCUUGGCAUAUUCGCCUGUGUCUAAUGUGUCCCAGGGUCUCACGCUGAAGAUUUUUCGAAAGAAGUUCUGCAGAUCUGGUGGCAUGUUUCAACGUCUGCUACUUCAACUAGUGUACGGAUUCUACUCAGGCCUAUUUCUUUGCUGACCAUUCAACUGGGAUGGUUUGCGAGUCUGUCUUCCUCUUGUUCUUCUCUCGGCAAUACCCAUCUCUGGCUAAUCUUUCCUGCUGGCGAAUCUCACUCUCCCAUGUCCGGAUCAUGUGUGACUGAAUGCCAACGAUCAAAGAGGUUAAGAUUUAUCUGAUGAAGGAGGAUGGUCCAUCAAUGAUAUGAGCGACGAGCUCAGCAGCCUGAGUCGCUGAACCAUGGACGUCACAUGCGUAGAAACUCAACAAUUGUAAAGUUCCCUAUUAGGGAGUAGUAGAUGCGGAGUCAUCUGAGACUCCCACAGAGAUAGGUGGCUCUACCAUAUUCCGGUUCAUCUCGAUCUCCGUAGUCUCCUACAGCCAGCUGUAUGUUAACUUACCUUGCAGCCCGUCUCUCCCGCUGACACGUGGAUUGUGAAGGACAUCAUAUUCAUGCAAAUUGUGGGUCCUAUCAUCAAGAUAAAAUCAGGAAGAUCCGCCCAUCAGGUGGGCUGAAGAUAUUUCUUUCCACAUGUCUCUCUUACGAUUCUUGUGAUGCAGGAGAAAUACUGACAGGAAACAGUGAGAAUAGAAAUGUCCACCUUUGAAACUUCCUGGCCAUCGAAACUGUUCAUAAGGUUAUUGGGAUAAAUUGUAGGCACAAAUAUCAUCCUGAUCCAAAUCUUUUGUGGCCCCACAAAGUUUCCAAUGGCAGGUAUUCAGUCCCCA